UGUUAUUUAUAAAUUUAAGAAAUGAUUUAAAAAUGUGGAAAUAUAAUCAUUAUCCUUCUCAAAUCUAAUAUUUUGUUCAAAAUUUUUGCCUGAUAGACAAGAGCUUGGCAGUUAAUAUGGCAUUCGCUACACUAAAAACUUGCUCUAUAGGGGCAGAUGAGGGGAUUGCAGCAUUAUAAUAAUUCUUUUAAUGGGAAAAUUUAUUAAAAAUAUUUAAUCCUCCUUCAAUCCAUUUUCUAAUUCCUUAUCAAAAAAGAAGGACAUUUCGAAAUUAACAUUUCUUGCAAUUUCAUUAUUAUUUUCACAACUCACUUUCUCGAUAAAGCUAUAAGUUUUUUUUUAUAUCUUCGUUUUAUCAUGGCCACUGAAGAUUGGAUGUAAAUUGCAGAAAGGAUAUAAUGCUUUUCAUGUAUAUAUUCACAUUUGAAAAAAUAUAAGUAUUGAUUUGACAAAGGAAGUGUAUUAAGUGUUAACUUGAACCAUCAAUAUUCGUUCGCUAGUGUGUAUAUAGUCUCCAAGAACUAUAGGCGCAGAGGAAUAGGGAAGAAACUAUGGAAUACCAUGUUAGGUCACGUGGCUCAUAGAUGUUUGGGUAUCAAUUCCGUCAAAGGAAGAGUUUUCUCCAACCUCAAAAUGGGAAUGACACCACCAUUAUUCAAAAUUUCCACAUUCAACGGCUCCUUAAAACGCAAUUCUCCUAUGCUUCGUAAGUUUUUUAAGAACCCGGGCAACGAUAAACUAUCGAAUCUCACACCUAUUCCUACCAUAAGAACGACAUGUAAUCAUAAUCAAUGCAAUUCUAAUUAUAGACAUGAUCAUGAAUGCAACAUGAUUGACGCCAAAAAGCUACAGAGUUACCGAAUAAUACAAACGAACCUCGACACUAAUUACCUGAUAGACGAUGAGAUAGAUAUAAAGGAAACCACGAGAGAUUGGGGUCAUGACAGUAACCAACCGACUCUGCUGGUUGAUAAACUAUUUUUAAAGGUUUCCUUCUACAAUAGCCUGAAUACUAGAAGUGGAGAUUUAGCUAGAUAUAACCAUGAAGUGAAAUUACCAAGUAAAGCUAUAAGUGUGGUAUUUAUGGACGGUGUAGAUAUCAAUUUAACAACCUUACGCGAUUAUGACACGGCCAUUCACGGAGGUCUGGCCAGGGAAAAAUUGUUAAAGACUUUUAUACAGUUAUCUGCAGAGAAUGACUUGUCAUAUAAAGUAAGAUGUAUAGUAGCUAUCAAACGCUGCUCCGAAAUGGAGAUAUGUGGGUAUGGAAUUAUACGACCUGGAGGAAUUUCCUCUACCACUCUAAAUAACGAGACCUUUAUUUCUCUUAGCACGAAGAAUUCAACACCUAUAUCUUCGGAACAUUACAUGAUAAUAGGCCCGCUCUACGCCGAUUGUCCUAAAAUCGCUCAUACAUUGCUGAACGCUCUAUUAAACUCCAUCCCUGCUGAGUGGGAAAUUAAUGUCGAGUUAACCGUUCCCUUGAAAAUGGAACCUAAAGCCAUAGAUACUUUAAACAUUCUUGACCUAAAUUUUUUAUACAUGGCUGCUACAAAAGAAUUGGAACUUAUCAAAGAAGAUGACUAUUACAGAAUGUACCAGAAUAACAUUCUGGAGACACUAAAUGGGUUCCAAGAAAAUGUUAAAGAAAGCAAACCGAUUGGAAGUAAUAUUGAGAAAAAUAAUGUUGACGAAAAACGAAAAUGUAUUCCUAUUCCUAAGAUUUUAAUGGAAAAGGUUUAUUCUUUCGUGAGUUCAGAUAUGUUUUUAGAUUAAACUAAAUUAUAUAUG